GCGAGGGGAUGCGGCGCGCCCGUGCCGCGUGCUGUGCCGAAGCGGCUCUUUAGAUCCUCCCCGGCCCAAGCCUCCCAUGCCAUGGAUGCCUCCGGGGCUCUUGCUUCGGCUCCCUCCUCCGCGGCUCCCUCGGGCUCCCGCAGCCCCAUGUUCCCCCCCGGAGCUGACAGAGAGGAGUGGGGACCGAGGUUCAAUUGUGCCCCUUCCACCUCUGCCGCAGCCUCGCAGGCGAUGCCAGCGUCUGGCCGGAAGAGGAAGGCCAACUUCUCCAAUGACGAGACCGAGACGCUGGUCUGGAAUGUGGUCCGGCAUUUCAGCGCCCUGUACGGGUCCGAGGCCCUGCGGGCUCACCCCGUGCGGCGGAAGCAGCUCUGGACCCAAAUCCAAAGCCGCGUCAACUUCCUGGGCUACACCGAGCGCUCCAUCGACGACCUCAAGCACAAGUGGCGUGACCUGCGGCUGGACGUCAAGAAGAAGAUCACCUCCAAGAAGCACCUGCCCAUGAACCGCGCCGGGGGGCCGCUCCACAAGCCGCGCCUCACGCCCCUGGAGAAGAUGGUGGCCUCCACCUUCCUGCAGGCCAGCCACGACUCGGAGCCCGAGAUCAUCCUGGACCCAGAUCUGUUCUUCCCUGGCGCAUCCAAGCAGCCCUUCAUGCACCUGCAGCCCGGCGUGAGCCACCCCAGCAUCUACAUCGACACCAACGGGCAGCCCUCGGCCCUGCCGGACGUGGAGGGCUCGGCCGCGCCGCGGCUGCCGGGACAGAGCCCCGACCCCGCCGGCGGCGCCGACUACGGCCGCGGAGAGGGGCAGGGCAGCUCUGCCGAGUCGGGGCCGGAGCUGCGGACUCCAGACGUGUCGGCCAUCUCCCCAUCCCUGCGGAACGAGUCCCUGGUCUCCUACGCCUCCAUGUCGGAGGAGGAGGAACGGGAAGGCCGGGAGGUGGAGCGUGGCCACGGCGGGGCCGCGGGGAUGCAGCCGGGGCCCGAGGCCCCCAUGUCUGCGGAGGAGGACAUGAAGCUGUCCCGCCAGGCCAUGCUGAUCCGCCGCUGCAGCUCCCAGGGCUCCGUCACCUCCCUGCCCGAGGACUCCCUGAACCCCGCGGACGCUCACUCGGACUGGGGGCACGAGGGGGUGUCCGACCUGCCCGCCCUGGGCCGCGGGAUGGACUCGGCGCAUCCCGAGGAGCAGGCGGGGGGCCCGGGCCCGGAGAUGGGCGCCUUGCCCCGGGUACUGAUGGGGCCCACCUGGGAGAAGGCCCCGGCGGACGAGGAGCCCCCGGCCCGUUCCCCGCUCCACGGCGCCCUGACCGAGGAGUCGCUGCCCUCCUCCGCCUCCCCCCCAGGAGACGCCCCGGCCGCCCCCGGCCCCCCGCGCGGGCUGGGCUGCUCCCGGCUGCGCGAGGAGCGCCGGGACAGCUGGAGGACUAGCAUCCAUCACCUGCUCGACCUGGAGGAGCAGUGGGACCAGCUGUACCACCAGGAGCUGGCCAUGUGGCAGGAGGAGCGGGCCACCCAGCGCGAGGAGCGGGCGCGCGACCGGGAGCUGCAGUUCCGCCUGCUCGGCGUCCUCACGGACAUCCGGGACGAGCUGCGCUACCUGCGCCAGGAGCGCGCCGGCGCCCGCCAGAGCCCGGCGCCGCCGCCGCCGCCCCCCGAGCCCCGCCGCGACCCCAGCCCGCUCCUCGAGCAGCCCAAAGUCGAGCCCGGCUUCCCGGAGCCGCCGAGCGAGAGCGCCGCGUGGGCCGACGCCGCCAUGCCCAGCCGGAGCCCCUUCAGCGGCCGCGGCCGGGGCCGGCGCCGAGGGCGGCCGCGCGGCUCCGCUUCCCGACACAGACGCCUGUUCCUCACCAACAGCUAGGGACGGGCCGAGCGCCGGCCCGCC